AUGGAGAGCACUGACUUCUGCUCUAAACCUAAGCGGGCUAGAAGCCAGAAUUUCAGCAUUAUGGAGAUUAGCACCAUUCAUAAUGAAGUAAAACAAAAUCCUAUAUUGGAAAGUAAACACUCUAACACGGUUACAAAUCAGAAAAAGCAAGCGGUGUGGAAAAACAUAACCGAAAAAGUCAAUGCCGUGGGCACAGCUCACAGGACUGUUACCGAGGUGAAAGACAAAUGGAGAAAUAUGUGUCGGGAUGCUAAACAGAAGUUUGCUGAACACCGCAGGGAGUCACAAAGGACUGGAGGAGGCCCACCACCUACCCCCCUCUCCCAGACAGUCUCAGACAUUGUGGAUCUUUACAAGGACUCCAGUUCCUUUGUAGGAAUUCCUGGAGGAAUUGAAACUUCUAUCUGUGAUAAAACAGAUCUGACAAAUGAGAGUCAGUUACAAUCUCCUAAAACUGGAUUGAAUCCACCAUGUGUUAUUGAAGUAGAAGUCCCUGCAGUUUUCAGCAGCUGUACCAACAGUAAUCCAGCAUCAUCUGUCACCAGGUGCUCUCAAGUACCAAGAUCAGGGAGCCCAGCCAUUGGCAGCAGCAAUGCAACACUGCCAGAGAUGAGUGACACUGUUCUUGAAGAUAAUAGAAGCACAAAUAAGUCAAAGAAAGAGAAGACCAAGCCUCAGAAAAAAAGUGCAGAGGAUGUAUAUACUCUGCAGUGUGCUGUCCUUGAAAAAGAACUAGAAAAAAAUAAUCUGCAGAUUGAAUUGCUUCAAAUUCUGAUAAAGAAAGCAAAGAAAGAGGAUGAGGAGCUGCCACUUACAUCAAUGUUUUCUUUGUUAUCAUAAACUAUGACAUGUAUAUAUGGUCUAGUCAAUGAAGCAAAUAUAUGGGCCCAUCAUCGUAAAAGUAAAUGUCAAACCCUGUACUCUUUGUUAUUUUGGAAAUAAAAGCAUUUCUAUAGAUAACAUUAAUACAUAAUUAAAAAAAAAGUCCUUAGAUUAAGAUUAAGUAUGCAUGGAUCAUUACAUUUAAUUCAUAAAUAUUUUAAUCACAAGUUACUGAUUGAAAAGAGUUUUGUCCCUUUCCUGUAGUAAUUUUCUAAUUGCCCCCCCCCCCCUUCACGAAAUUAAGGGGACAUUAAAUCUCAUAUAUCUGUCGGUCUGUCUGUCACAAAAACUUUAACCUUGGUCAUAACUUUUGAAUGAAAAGAGAUAGAGCUUUCAUAUUUCACAUGUUUAUUACCUGUGACAAGACCUUUCCAAAUUUACUUUGAUUUAUGACCUGUGACCUUGAUCUUGAAGUUUGACCUACUUUUAAAAAAAAAUUAUCCUUGCUAAGUACUACUUUUGAUUGAGAAAAGAUAGGGCUUUCAUAUUUAACAUGUGCAUUACCUGUGACAAGAUGUUUCCAAGCAUGCCAUGAUUUUUGACCUUGACGUCUAUGACCUAAUUUUCAAAAAUUUUAACUUUGGUGAUAAAUUUUUAUGAUAGGGCAUUUAUAUUUGACAAGUGCAUUACCUGUUU